GUUGCCUCCGUUCUCCCCUCCCACAGAUUUUACCCGACAGUGUGUCUGACCCCUCCCAUAUCUCCCUGCGUUGCCAUGGCGACCUUCCCGGAGUACAUCGCCCAGAACGAGGAGCGUGACGGCGUGCGGUUCAGCUGGAACGUGUGGCCGUCCAGCCGGCUGGAGGCCACCCGGAUGGUGGUGCCCGUGGCGUCCUUGUUCACGCCGCUGAGGGAGCGGCCCGACCUGCCGCCCAUCCAGUACGAACCGGUUCUCUGCAGCCGGGCCACCUGCCGCGCCGUGCUCAACCCGCUGUGUCAGGUGGACUACCGAGCCAAACUGUGGGCCUGUAACUUCUGCUACCAGAGGAACCAGUUUCCUCCGUCUUACGCUGGAAUCUCUGAAGUUAACCAACCAGCAGAACUGCUGCCUCAGUUCUCCACCAUCGAGUACGUCGUCCAGCGGGGGCCCCAGAUGCCGCUGGUCUUCCUGUACCUGGUGGAUACCUGUAUGGAGGACGAGGACCUGCAGGCCCUGAAGGAGUCCCUCCAGAUGUCUCUGUCCCUGCUGCCCCCCACGGCUCUGGUCGGCCUCAUCACUUUCGGACGCAUGGUGCAGGUCCACGAGCUGGGCUGUGAGGGGAUCUCCAAAAGCUACGUCUUCAGGGGGACCAAAGACCUCACCGCCAAGCAGCUGCAGGAGAUGCUCGGUCUGACCAAACCUGCAGCCAAUCAGGGACGAGGACCCCAACCUGCCCAGCCGCCUCUUUCCAACAGGUUCCUGCAACCGGUGCAGAAGAUCGACAUGAACCUGACCGACCUUCUGGGGGAGCUGCAGCGAGACCCCUGGCCCGUCACCCAGGGGAAGAGACCGCUGCGCUCGCUGGGCGCCGCCAUGUCCAUCGCUGUGGGCCUGUUGGAGUGCACCUUCCCAAACACGGGUGCUCGCGUCAUGACGUUCAUCGGUGGCCCAGCGACGCAGGGUCCCGGCAUGGUGGUCGGAGACGAACUGAAGAUCCCCAUCAGGUCCUGGCACGACCUGGAGAAGGACAACGCCAAGUUCAUGAAGAAGGCCACCAAGCACUACGAGUCUCUCGCCAACAGAGCGUCUGCUAACGGUCACAUCAUCGACAUCUACGCCUGUGCUCUGGAUCAGACCGGCCUGCUGGAGAUGAAGUGCUGCGCCAACUACACCGGAGGCUACAUGGUGAUGGCCGACUCCUUCAACACGUCUCUGUUUAAACAAACGUUCCAGAGAGUUUUCGCCAAAGACGACCAGGGAUCCUUCAAGAUGGCCUUCGCCGCCACGCUGGAGGUCAAGACAUCCAGAGAGAUCAAAGUAUCUGGAGCCAUCGGACCGUGUGUGUCUCUGAACGCUAAAGGACCCUGUGUCUCAGAGAACGAGAUAGGAACAGGAGGAACGUGUCAGUGGAAGAUCUGUGGUCUGGAUCCGAGCACCACGCUGGCUCUGUACUUUGAAGUGGUCAACCAGCACAACGCUCCGAUCCCUCAGGGCGGCCGCGGAGCAAUCCAGUUUGUUACUCAGUACCAACACGCAUCAGGACAGAGACGCAUCAGAGUCACUACCACAGCCAGGAACUGGGCGGACGCUCAGACUCAGAUCCAGAGCAUCGCGGCGUCCUUUGAUCAGGAGGCGGCGGCCAUCUUGAUGGCGAGGUUGGCGGUGUUCCGGGCGGAGACGGAGGAGGGGCCCGAUGUCCUCCGCUGGCUGGACAGACAGCUCAUCAGACUGUGUCAGAAGUUUGGAGAUUACCACAAAGACGAUCCAAACUCCUUCAGGUUCUCUGAGACCUUCUCGCUCUACCCUCAGUUCAUGUUCCACCUGCGGCGCUCUCCGUUCCUGCAGGUGUUCAACAACAGUCCAGACGAGAGUUCAUAUUACAGACAUCAGUUCAACAGACACGACCUGACACAGGCACUCAUCAUGAUCCAACCGGUGCUCUACGCUUACUCCUUCAACGGACCGCCAGAGCCGGUACUGUUGGACAGCAGCAGCAUCCUGCCAGACAGAAUCCUGUUGAUGGACACUUUCUUCCAGAUCCUCAUCUACCACGGAGAGACUGUAGCCCAGUGGAGGAAGGCGGGUUAUCAGGAGAUGACCGAGUACGAGAACUUCAGACACCUCCUUCAGGCUCCGGUGGACGACGCUCAGGAGCUGCUGCAGACUCGCUUCCCAAUGCCCCGAUACAUCGACACGGAGCACGGAGGCAGCCAGGCUCGUUUCCUGCUCUCCAAAGUGAACCCGUCUCAGACUCACAACAACAUGUACACCUGGGGACAGGAGUCUGGCGCUCCGAUCCUGACGGACGACGUCAGCCUGCAGGUGUUCAUGGAUCACCUGAAGAAACUGGCGGUCUCCAGCGCCGCCUGACCCCGCCCACGCCAUCUGACCCCGCCCACGCCACCUCCUCUUUCUGUCUGUUGCUUUGCAUUCGCUGCCUGAGUUCCCAUGACAACCAGUCGACCAACUAAUCAACAAGCACAGCCAAUCAUGAUGCAGGUUAGACAUCGGAAGCUGCUGCGUCACAUUUCUACGUCUAAAAUACAUAAUAUAUUAUUAUAUAUAUAUAUAUAUAUAUAUAUAUAUAUAUAUAUAUAUAUAUAUAUAUAUAUAUAUAUACACACUAUAUUAUAUAUUAUCCCUAAUUAUAAUAAUAAUAAUAAUAAUGUUUAAAUGAAACAAUCGGAGUCACAGUUUGAAGUGACUCAACAACAUCUUUCAUAUUCUUUAAGAUUUAGACAUUAAAAUCUGUUUAUUGUCGUUACACGUCA